AAAGAGUUUACGCCUUGGCUCGUUAGUGGAGUUUUUGCCUUUUUGGGCAGUUUACGAGCGGCUCAGCAUAAAUUGCUGGUUCCACAUAAUCCACAUCCAGCGCCACCUCCGCCUCCGUUGCCCAUUUCCCAUUCGCACGAGCGUAAUGAGGCAAUGAGACGCGGGGCAGCCGGAAAAGCAACAGCGGGAAACUCAGCCGAGGAGCCAUGACAUCUGGAGUCAGCCGGAGUCUGGAGCUUUGGCCUCUGCCCGAGUAAAGAGCCCCACCCCCCGCUCAACCCGCAAACCCCCAGCGAUGCUGCGCGAUAUCUUUCUGUAUUUAGUUCUAAUCGUUUUAUUUUGCUUCAUUUUCAUGGCGCAGUUAAUCGUCAACGUUUACGCCUUCCAACGCCAGCCGUCGCCCCACAAAGCGGAGCGCAAUGAAAUUAUAUUUGUCUAGAAAGGAGACAAGCUCCACCAGCAAAGACACCGGGAAUAAUGCUUGUCGAACAAUGAAAACUCAUUCUAGUGAAGCAACUAACGAAUAUAUAACAUUAUCGAAUAUAUCUAAGCAAAAUAUAUCGCAUAAAGCAUACUUGUGUAGAGACUGUGUCAGCCAUUAGCUCCAUAUUCG